AUGGCAGACAGAAGUAACACUAGGGUUAGAGUCCCUAAUGUAGCUCCCACCACAGACCGAGAUCCAAUAGGAUCAAAUGAUGACUUGUCCCCAAACCCGCAAGGAAGGAACAAGCCUGGCAGAGGUACCUGUAUGGGGAGAAGACUUAUCAAUUGCAGGAACAUCACAACAAUAUCAACACUUAAUGUCAGAACCAUAAAAGAAGCAAGAUAUAGAAAGGAGCUGGCAACCAACCUGAGCUUGUAUGGAAUUGAUGUUCUGGGAAUCCAGGAACACCGCAUUGUGCAUGAGGAAGUGGUCAGGUAUGAAGACAUCAAUGGCGGCAUGCUCAUAACAACAUCUGCAACUAGAAAUCAGGCUGGAGCUGCUGUUGGAGGGGUAGGGAUUCUGCUCAGCUCUAAAGCAAGCUUUCAAGGGAAUCUGGCAACAACCAUCACUGUCACCUACUGUCCAACCAACACGGCAGAUGAAGACAUAGUGAAAGCCCACUACGAUGACCUGGUGAGGGCCAUUGAAUCCAUUCCAUCUCACAACCUACUGCUGGUUGUAGGGGACUUCAAUGCAAGAAUAGGACCAGAGGAUGCCAAAUUCACAUUCCAUAAAGAAACAAAUAGGAAUGCUAGACAGCUGCUGGACCUGGCAAGCGAGAAGGAUCUAGUCAUUUCUAGCACCUACUUCCGCAAGAAAGCAGGAAAGCUCUGGACCUUCAUCAGCCCAGGAGGCAUCAAGUAUCAGCUAGACUACGUGUUAAUACAUAGAAAGUGGUGCAACAGCAUGCUGAACGUGGAGGCAUACAACUCCUUUGCAAGUGUCGGCUCGGACCACAGAAUCAUAUCUGCCAGGGUGAGACUCAGCUUGCAGAAAAAGAAAGCAGAGUCAAGAAAAAGACAGGACAACUGGAACUUGUUUAAGAGCAGAAGAGACAUACAGGAGCUGUAUACGAUUGAAGUACACAACAGGUUUCAACCACUACAGGAACUAGAUGAAUCUGCUACAGACAGGUACAGGAGGUUCAUCAAAGCCACUGAGGAGGCAGCAGAGAAGGUGGUCCCAAUUAGGAACAGGGGAAGAAAGACAAGGCACUCAGAGGACUCAAGGGUGACACAUGCUAGAGACGAGUUGAAUAGGGUGUAUGAAUGA